GGAGUUUACCACAUGGUCACUGGGUGUGAGCAACUGUUCCCUGUCCCUAUGGCUUCCCACUUGUGGCUCCCACCAUGGCCUGGAGUUUUGGGUGGAGUUUUUCAAAUAAAAGCCCUCAGCAUUGCAGGACGGCACAGUGGUGAGCUCUUAGCUUCACCAGGCUCAUCAAAGCUGCUCCAGGAAGGCCCAAGCCAGACCAGAAGACAUGCAGAUCAUCACCACAGCCCUGGUGUGCUUGCUGCUAGCUGGGAUGUGGCCAGAAGAUGUGGACAGCAAGAGCAUGCAGGUACCCUUCUCCAGAUGUUGCUUCUCAUUUGCGGAGCAAGAGAUUUCCCUGAGGGCAAUCCUGUGUUACAGAAAUACCAGCUCCAUCUGCUCCAAUGAGGGCUUAAUAUUCAAGCUGAAGAGAGGCAAAGAGGCCUGCGCCUUGGACACAGUUGGAUGGGUUCAGAGGCACAGAAAAAUGCUGAGGCACUGCCCGUCAAAAAUAAAAUGAGCAGAUUUCUUUCCAUUGUGGGCUCUGGAAACCACGUGGCUUCACCUGUCCCCCAAACUACCAGCCCUACACCAUUCCUUCUGCCCUGCUUUUGCUAGGUCACAGAGGAUCUGCUUGGUCUUGAUAAGCUAUGUUGUUGCACUUUAAACAUUUAAAUUAUACAAUCAUCAACCCCCAACCCUCUGGGUCUCUUGGAUUUCAGAGUGAAAACUUGAUUGGCAUUGAGAGGUGGGAGCCAGGGGCUGAAGGAUGGGUCAGGAGGAGGGAGAUGUGUUGCACCUGGUGCCAGGGGAACUGGGCUAAUAAGUGACUCACUAGCUCUCAGUGACUGCCUUUGUCCUGGGGUGUAAGCUUUGAGUCGGGGUGGUGGUGCAGAUUCUCUGCCUCCAGAUUUGGCUGCCAGGAGUGGUACAGUGGAACAGAAAGCUGGGGUUCACAGCUGGGUCCACAUUUGGGUGCAGGACUCUUCUUCUCCCUGCCCUGCCCAGAGGGCUUGGGGGGGGUGAUGUUAUCACCAAAUCACAACUGCCCUAGCUGGAGGGGAUCAUGUGAGGUUGUCUGCCUGUAAAAUGUUGCUAAACCCAUUUUAUAGAUGAGGUGACUGAGGGCUAAAGAGAGAUGCAGCAAUUCAGGGGCAGAUCUGGCAUUAGAGCCUAGAGCUGUUGCCUCCUAGGACAACUCCUCCAGGUGUCCCACAUUGCCAAGUGUACUGCCUGAUGCAGUGUGGUACCAGAUCUGGGGGACAGGCCCUGCUGUUGUCAGCAGUGCCCAUCUCUUCUUGAGGAAGAUCUCAGUGGGUGUCCAGGCAUGGGUAGGUUCUGGGUCUGAUUGAGAUGCCCACCCAGCUUAUCUGGAGGAGUGAGGCUGUCUUGGGAAGAGCAGGAUAAACCCUCGGUGGACAUAUAGGAAGAGCAGGGCCAACGCUUUAAAAGGGACAAUCACAAGCUUCAAUUUGUACAACGUGUGAUUCAAGGAAGAAUAGCCAAGGAAGGAAGUGUUUCUAGGUCUUGGGGUUGGCACACCUUUAAAGAUCACUUUUAGAGGGCAAAGGUCUCAUGCUGUGUUUCCCUCAUUCCCCAUUCAACACGUCACACAUCUGGCCCAGUCUUCUUAAUCUGCCUCCUCCCCUCCACCCCCAUGACUUCCCUUCUUUAGCCCUUAUGACUGCCCCCUGUCACACAUCUGGCCCAGUCUUCUUAAUCUGCCUCCUCUUCUCCACCCCCAUGACUGCUUUUCUUCAGCCCCUAUUUUCUCUUGCUUGGACUAUUGCAGUAGGCUGUUUUCCGCCCUCCCUUCUCAACUCCACCUUAUCCACAGCCAAUAGCUAGUCUUCCUGGCAUCCAUUCUUCCCUCUGGAUGACUCAAAAACCUUCACACCUUCCUCCUGCCUUCAGAACUGAGUCUAAACUCCCCACCCUGAUAUUCUAAUUCCUCUAGAACCUGCCCUCAACUUUCCUUUCUACAUGUCUCCAACUUUUACAUUCUGGAACCCCAUAUCUGACCGUUUGGGGAUAUUCCCCCCAGGCACUCUCCCCACAUUGCUAUCUUGGACCUCCCCUAAAAGAAUCUUUGCUAUGGCCACACUUCCCCAUCCUCUAAAGUCCAUUCGGCCCAAGCCCCCUCUUCCCUACCAAUCCUGAGGCUCACUAGGACUUGGUCAUCUGGUUUCCCUCUGAGUGUCAGGUGCACAUGAAGUCUGAAUCACUUGCUGCUUGGAGUGGGGAGGCAUAGAUUGGGGUGGGAGACUAGAGGGGGAGGGAUGGGUUUACUUUUGGCAGGAGUGUGGUUUUAAAGAAAGAAAUGAACUGAAUAUGAAACGGAUGAGUUGCGAGCCAGGAGCGCCCAUGCUGGGGACUGGAGCCAUUGUUCCAGAACAGCCUGGGCUGGUGAGGCAGGCCCUCCUUGAAACUCAGAUGAGCCAGGCUAGCCCCAUGGCCAGGGCCUCUGUACAUCCGCCUUCCACUGGCAUGCCAUCCACCCACACCUCUGAGAGCCCCUACUGGUUGGCAGUUACUCCUGAAGAAAACACCACUGUGUAAGAGAUUUUAAAUAAAAUGUAUUUUCUGCAAAA